AUGUCACCUUAUGUGUCGAUGUUUGGAAAGGCUUGUCAUCUGUCGUUGGAACUGGAGUACAAGGCGAUGUGGACAGUUAUGAAACUUAACUUUGAUCUUAAGGCUGCAGGGGAAGAGAGAAAACUUCAGCUACUAGAGCUGGACGAAUGGAGACUACAUGCGUAUAAGAAUGCCAAAAUUUACAAAGAACAUACCAAGCGGUGGCAUGAUAAGUGUUUGUGUAAGAAAAAUCUCAAGGCUGGUAAGAGAGUACUGUUCAAUUCUAGGUUGUGUCUCUUUCCGGGAAAAUUGAAAUCGCGUUGGUCUGGGCCUUUCAUAAUUAAGGAAGUAUUCCUGCAUGGAGCGGUAGAAUUGACAAACCAAGAUGGGACCAACGCAUUUAAGGUAAAUGGACAAAGAGUAAAGAUGUAUCAUGGAGGAGAUUUCCAAUGCGAGAAAAACUCUGUUGACUUGGGGAAGCCAGAAUAA